ACGACCCGACCCGAACGCUCCGAGUCAUUCCAGGCCCAAUGCCUAAUGGCCCUCAUGGAGGCUCUCUCCGUCAAACGAUUCAGCCUCGUCGGACUCAGCUACGGCGGGUUCGUCGGAUACCGAAUGGCGGCGAUGAGCGGCGGAGCGGCGGUGGUGGAGAGGGUGGUGAUAUGCUGCGCCGCCGUGUGCAUGGAGGAGAAGGAUCUGAGGGAUGGGGUGUUUAGGGUUUCGGAUCUGGACGAAGCUUCGAGGAUUCUGGUGCCGGAAUCUGUCGGAAAGCUCCGAGAACUGAUGGGUUACAUCUUCUACAACCCGUCGCCGACCAGAUUGAUUCCGUCGUGUCUUCUGGAGGACUUCAUCCAACACGCGUUGAGCAGAGAGAAUGUGGAGGAGAAGAGGGAGCUAAUCAAAGCCAUACCAAGAGACAGAAAAAUCUCAGAGAUACCAAAGAUCACUCAGCCGACACUGAUAAUAUGGGGAGAGAAGGACCAGGUGUUCCCGGUGGAGAUGGGGAAGAGACUGGAGAAGCACGUCGGCCCAAACUGCAGGCUUGCUGUCAUAAGAAGGACAGGACACAUUUUCAACUUCGAGAAGCCCGGUUCCUUUUAUAAACUCCUCAAAUCAUUCCUUCUCCAUCCGCCACUAACCCCCAACUGACUAUCCAUCUCUAUGAUUAUAUAUAUAUAUAUAUAUAUGUGUGUGCAGUAAGCAAGAUGUAUCAUGUUAGUUUUUUGCUCAGUACUUGAGAUAUUUAUGAUUUCACACAUCCAUUGAUUCCCUUUUAUUUUAUUUUUCUUGACAAUGUAUUCCGAUUGUAGUCGUUUUUGUUGGUGGCUUCCGCAAAAAUAAUAUGGGUUUGCGAGAAAUUAUUGAUCCGAUGACGCUUGUAUUCGCAUCUUUAUACAAAACAAUUGAUUCGUCGGCU